AUGGCGGACAUGGCAAGAGCGGCGUCAGGCGGCAAUGGUGGCGGGAAAGUGAUAGACUUCAGUAAGAGGAGAGAGAAUUCGAACGUCGAUUAUGCUGAUCAUGUGGACAUUGAUGGGUUUCCCCUUCGAAGGCAUGUCAUCCCAACCUCACCCAGCAACAGCCGUCGUAGUUUGCUUGCAGAUGUUUCUGGGGGCACCUCCGAGAGCGAGGAGGCGUCUGAUGAUGAGAAGAAGAAAAGCUUAUAUUCGGAUGACAACUCGAAAGAAGACAAUGAGAUUCAGAUGAGCCCUCCUCGCGUUCCUGCGCAGCACAUGGAGCAGCAGACAAUAACACCGGUCCCGGCGAAACUUUUCGGUCUGUUUGCCAUGAACUACUACAGGUCUAUGUGGGCUUUCUGUAUUCUAGUCUCUUUCUCAACAGCAAUUGCUGUAUAUUGCAUUGACAACAUCUCGUUUGUCGAUAGUCUGUUCGUCGCAACCUCCGCAUACACGGGUUCAGGUCUUUCCACUAUCCCAAUGAAAGCUAUGUCCAACGGAUCCUUCGUUGCUCUCUACGUCGGGAUGACGCUGGGGGGGCCUGUCUUCCUCCUCUUACCCCCUCUCAUCUACAGAAUUCUUGUGUUCUACUCGCUGCAGCCAUCGGUCGAGGAGUUCCUGGCGUCCCAGAAGGGCAAGUUCCUCCCUCAAGCCCAGCGAUUGAUCGGGCUGGUCAGCGAGAGGAGGGCACAGGUGCGAGGUUUGAACAUGCUGCUCGUCGCUCUCGUUUUCUACCUCCUCUUCUUCCUAUGGGGAGGGCUUGGCCUCCUCUACCUCGCCAUCUCCUCCCACCCGAAGUUGCAGGAGCUCAAGGACAGAGGGUUCAACAACUUUUGGUAUACGGUCUUCCUGGGCACGAGCGCCUUCUGCAACUGCGGCUUCACCUUGACUUCGGAUCAGCUCUACAGCAUGCAGACGUGGACGACUUCCUACCUCCUCCUCUCCCUCCUCGCGCUCGCGGGGAACACGUUCGCUCCCAUCUUCCUGAGGGCUAUCCUCUGGCUCAUGUACAAGUUUGCCAGCUUCCUGCGGCUGGACAAGGACGGGAUCAGAUACGCUCUCGACCAUCCUCGGCAGAUGACGACGUUCUUGUUCGACGUGCGGCAAACUAGAAUGCUCUUCCUCAUCCUUGUCGUGAUCAACAUCGUUCAGUACGUCGCAUUCCUUGCCACCUGCCUCCACCGCUCGAGGCUUCGGACCCAGUUGAGUCCUCUACAGAUAGCAGGAGCAGGAUUCUUCCAGACCGUCUCCACCAGAUCGGCAGGGCUGCAGAUCUUCGACAUGAACGACCUCAACCAGGGCAUGCCUGUGCUCUACAUCUUCAUGAUGUACCUCUCCUCCGCUCCCUUCGUCAGCAGGAUGUACAUCUCCGAGGAGAACCUCGACGAGGACGGGCAGAGUCGCCCAGCCGUGCUGACGGUCCAGGACGCGCAGGGGAAAUUCCUGCGGGAGUACCUCAUGCGCCACCUCUCCUUCCUCUUCGCAGGCUUCAUGCUGCUCUGCUUCACCCACGACUCCGAAGUCUCCCUGGACGGCCAGCCGGUCGGCCCCUUCCCCCUCAUCUUCGAGCUCGUGUCCGCCUACGGCAGCGUCGGCCUGUCCAUGGGAGCGCCAGGGCAGCCGUACAGCCUGUCGGGCGAGAUGUCGACGCUGGGGAAGACCAUCAUCAUCGUUGCCAUGUUCCUCGGUAAGCACCGAGGCCUCCCGACGCACACGGACAUGGUGCUCAACUUUCGGCACAUGCACUUGAGGAAGCAGCUGCUGCUGGCGAAGGAGGAGGCAGGGAUCAAGGUGUCAUGGAGCUGGUUCGAGUUCGACACCCGGCUCAUCCGCGUCCCCAGCAUGGACCUCAGGAGAUACUUCGAUCGCUCGCAAAAGGUGCGAUCAAGAGGGAUAGAGACAGCCUCCAUGGCAGGAGAGAGGGCUCCAGGCGCGCCUCCUUCCCUGUCCCCUGUCCCCGAGGACAGCCCCUACGUGGACACCAGCGCUGCUGCUGCCAUGCACCUACUGCACUGGAACCCCAACCGCCCUCGCUUCAUCCCCAAGAGCAUGGACAUUUCACCACUGCUCCGCCCCCGCAGCUUAGAGGAGGCGAACAUGGAGGUGUUUCCUCCCCUGGACCUGCGUUAUCUCAGCGACACGGACUCGAGCAGAGCAGAAUCCGAGACGGCAUCCAACUAUCCUAACAAUGAGGAUCGUGUGGAGGAGGAGGAGGUGAUGGAGGAGGAGGCGGGUGCUGGAGGAAUCUUGUCAAGCUCUCUCCUCAACAAGACCACCUUGCGCAAGUUUGUCACAGGAGCAUGGAACGCAAUCUGGGAGCCGAGGUUGGACGUUCUCCACACAGACCAGCAGGUCCGGCACGAGGACCUUAUGUCUUCGGACCCCUUCUUCAACAAGCUCAUGCUCGACCGCCUUGCUGCGGAGGAGAGCCUUUCCUUCAUGCUCCCCUCCUCGGAUCCCAACCUUCCCAGGAACUAUCAUUCCCUCGACAUCACCGACAAAGUCCCUUCCUUCCGCAUGAGGAAGUCAAAGUUGAGCGACGCCGCGUCUGUGUGA